GUCAAAGUAAAAAUGUCGUCUGGUCAGAAAGAUAACCGCAAGAAGAAGAUGAAGGGAGUUGAUAAAUGUCCGGUUCCACCGCCGCGCUUCACCAACUCUCCGGCGGCGACGCAGCUAAACUUGUUCCAACGCGAGGCAUUGGCGUCUUCAUCUGCCAACCCGCUGCUGCCGUCCAAUUUCGACACCGCUCUCCGCUUAAGCAGCGGCAUUUCGGACCAGCAGGCAUCGGAGCAAAGCGGAGGAGACUCGGAAUGGUUGUCGUCUUUAAAGGCCUACGCUGCAUUGUUGCGCAGCGAAGACAACAACAAGGACGCGGAUGUUGUUCAUCAUCCCCGUCCUAUGACUGUUCAUGAUCUGCACAAAGAUCUCCCCACCAUCCAAAAUAUUGCCAAAAACUAUAGUGAUCGUGUGAAGGAUAUAAUGGCAGAAAUGUUCACUCAACAUCUGGUGACUCUCUCUGCGGCGGAGAAGAGGGUUAUAAACGACAUGAACGACAGGCACGAUGAAAUGCUGGCGAGAAUUAGGGCACAUAACGCUGAAUUAGAGAACACGCUGGUUGCUUACAGAGCCCACGCGGCGAAGCUGGACGAGAGGCUGAGGACUCUCCAGUGGACCAACGCUUCUCUGAGGGCGGCGCUGCACCAAGCGGCCCUUCACGGCGGAGGGAAUGGGAGGCCGCGCACGGAACCACCGCACGGCGUGCUGUUAGAGGAGGACGCCCAGUCGUCGUCGGUUGAUCCAGAGCAGUCUGACCCUGUUAGGAUCAAGUGCAGGCUUUGCGGCCGCCGGAAUGCGACCGUGUUGCUCAUGCCUUGCCGCCAUCUCUGCCUUUGUAAGCGGUGUGAGGCGUUUGUCAAUCGGUGCCCGGCUUGCGCGAAGGAGUUCCUGUACGACGUGGACGUUAAUUUUUCCGGCUGAAUAGCCACAAAUUGUAUACGGCGUGAUUAUUAUUGAUUUGAAAAAGAAAAAAAAAUUGUAGCCCAAAGUUAUAUAGUACAUUUGGGGUACAAUUUAUAUCAUAACAACUUAUAUAAUAAAUUAUUGCCUAUUAAGAGGAUGUUAAAGAUGUUAUACUUUUUAAUCAUAGUGUGAUAACAUUAUACAAUGUUGAGUUAUACAUAGUACAUAAUACGAUUGUACUUAUAUUGCCAAUGUGAUUUA